GACGUGAAAACAAAAGGCAAGUUAUAGUCGUUACCGAGUGAAACGGAGGAUUAGAAAGCCGGAGAAAAUGACGGAGAGGUGAAGUGAAAGGGCGGCACCAGAGGCAGGCGACAAAGAAGGGAAGCAGAAAAGCAGCUAAUGAGGAUGACAGGAGGAGGGACAGGAGGAGGAGAGAGCCGCGAAUAAGGAUUGUCUCCAAACAACAAAUCAAUCUGAUAACUCCUAGUUUAUGCUGAAUCAGUUAGAGAUAUUUGUGUUUUCAUUAAAAGGUUCUGCUAUAAACAGAUCCUAGUUUGGUUUUGAGGACACCAAGCAACUACUGUAAGUACUUUCUCCAGUCAGUUCAAGGAUUUCACAGCAGAGUUCAGGAUGGUUUCUGGAGUUCGGGAUGUUGACUCAGCAAAAGGUUUCACAGUGAAACCCAGGAAGUCCAUGUUCCUCUCGCUGCUGCUUGUCUGGUGUUUCCUGUUUGUCUCCCAUGCUGGUGGCCUACGCAGCUUCACGCCUCAGCCUCUCCAGUCAGAGGUGACGUUGUCUGAACUCUCCAGCACCAAUCGUCCUACAAACGCAGAGACGAACAUGUUGCAAGAGACCGUCAAUAAACCGCUCGUCUUGUUGGACUCCGAAGCAGAAAACCUGAAAGCUGAGAACAAACUGAGGGCCAAACAUGUUAGAAAACUUGUAAGUUUCAACAACUCGUUUCAAAACCUUAACCAUAAGCCAGUCCGCCCUCAGUGUACCCAGGAAAUGUCGGUAAGAGCCAUCUUCAAGUACAUCAACACGGCGUUCUCCUUCCUGAUCUUUGCUGUGGGGAUCAUCGGCAACGUCACCUUGUUGAGGAUUAUCUGCCAAAAUAAAAGUAUGAGGAACGGACCCAACGCCCUGAUAGCCAGCCUCGCCGUGGGAGACAUACUAUACAUCGUCAUAGACGGCCCAAUCAAUGUCUACAAGCUCCUUGCAAUGAAGUUCCCAUUCGCCGACCAACCGCUUGGUCAAUUCCUCUGUAAGUUGUUACCCUUCAUACAGAAGACUUCAGUCGGCAUCACCGUCCUCAACCUGAUUGCUCUCAGUGUGGACAGGUAUCGUGCGGUGGUGUCCUGGUCUCGGAUUCAGUGCAACGGCAUUCCCAAGGAAACGGUGGUGCAGAUUGCCGUGAUCUGGAUACUGUCUGCCUUACUGGCCGUGCCGGAGGCCAUCAGCUUCAACCUGCACCGCUUCUCUAUCAACAGCAACAUGACCAUUACUACCUGCCUAGUGAGACCCGAGAACUCCUUCUUGAAAUUCUACAUCAACUUCAAGGAUUGGUGGAUAUUUGGCUUCUACUUCUGCAUCCCUCUGACCUGCUCGGCGAUUUUCUACGGCCUCAUGAGUCACGAGUUGCUCCGGCACAAGAAGGGAGACCUAAAGCGGUCACUGGGUGAACAACUGAAACAGCGCCGCGAAGUGGCCAAGUCUGUGUUCUGCCUGGUGGUGAUCUUUGCCCUCUGCUGGUUUCCUCUUCACUUCAGUCGGCUGCUGAAGUUGACGAUCUACGACCCCAACGACCCUGGCCGCUGUGAAUUACUGAAUAUACUGCUGGUGCUCGACUACUUCAGCAUCAACUUGGCGACCGUCAACUCCUGCAUCAACCCCAUCAUCCUCUUCAUCGUCUCCAGGAAGUACAGGCACUAUUUCAUGACACCAUGUGGUCCAGAUACUGCACCUCCUUCCUCAUCAACUGGCACAUCAAAGACCAGCUGGAUGUGUUCCAGAUUCUCCUCAAAUGUUUUAGAAAAUAUUAUGAGGUCAUCAAGGUAACUGAGCAGAAGAUGCUGUUUUGCUGCUGUUACUCUCGGCCGUACUCCAGCACCCUGCAGACUCUCCAACGUGGGACCAGUCAGCAUUUAAAAAACAGCGACCACUGAGGGACUCACCUCCACAGAAAUGUUUCCACAUAUGACCCAUAAAAGUUAUGAUGGAUCUUAUUUGAGCUCUUCCAGUUUUGGGAAAAGAGUUAAGAUGUAAGGAAAAGUCGAUAUUUUAGAUACUAUUUGAGCAGUUUUUCCCAGAAAGGAGAUGAAAAACUGAGUUUAGAUGAUUUUAACCUCAUCCACCUUGUUUGAGAACCUAAAAGUGCAAUUCACAACAAUAUUUAAAUCAAAUAGAGGACAUUACUGCUUCUGAAAAAGGUGUAAGCAUAAGGCUGUGGAUAAAACUAAUGUUCAACAACGCCAUCUAGUUAAACCAGGAAUACUAAAAACUACAUUUGAUAUGUGUAUUUAAAAGAUAAGCAAAUAUUUUACCGUAAAAUAGUAAAAGAUACCCUAAAAACUGUACCGUAAAACAAAAAGCAGAGUAAAAAGGCUAAAAUGUCCAGCAGUCUUAACAGUAAAAGUUCACUGGAGCCACUGAUCCAGCACUUGAACUGGAUAUUUAUGCUUCCUGGUAACAUGAUGGAUUAAAAACGUUUCAUUUUAUUUGUACGUAUUUUCCGACCAUGGCCUCUGUAAACAGGAAGAUGUUAUUUUCAAAACAAGACUGCAACUUCAAGCAGAGUGUAUAUACAACCUCCAUUUUUACUCUACAGCAUAUAUUACUUAUUUAUCACUGAGCUUCAUUUAAACAGCUGAGAUAAAUCUCACCUCCUGACGUCACAAACUGUAAAAAGUUUUACUCACCGAUGGAUUAAAAACAUGGAUUAUUUUGUUCACGUUCCUUCUAAUGGUUGCAGAGUCUCGUUUUCUUUGUAAAUGUAUCCAUAUAACUCUAUUAUUAAAUACAUUUUUUGAAUUAGUUGUAGCUUUUAGCCGGAAGAGUCGUUAGCAAACAAAGCAGAGCUACGCUCGGCUUUCUACUUCGACGUGACGUUUUUAUCUAGAUUCCGGUGAACAAGGAGAGGAGUGCCAUCUAGUGCUUGUGAGUAGAAACUGCAGGGCGGGUCGAAAUACUUUUUUCGGGUCACAUGAAUCACGUAAUCAACAGUCGGACGUUGCUGCUGACGCAACAGACGAAGAAGACGCCAGGAAGUUGUAGGAGGAUGACGUUUUGUUUUUUUCAGAUGACGUGCAUGAGCCAGUAGUGACGUUUUCAGGAAACAGGAAGUUUGAAUAAUUUAAACAGUAAAAUGAUAAAAAUAUGAAUUUAAUCUAAAUGUAUUUUAAAAUAACAGAUUUUUGCUAACUGUGCUUUUGUUGAAGACAUUAUUUCACUGGACUCUGAGUUCAGUAUUUAGGGCUGAAACGAUUAAUCGAAUUAAUCACGAUUAAUCGAUUAUUGAAAUAAUUGUCAACUAAUUUCGUAAUUGAUUAUUUGUUAACUUGAUAAUAGGCUCAAAAAGGCCAUUUGCUGAAAGAAAAACACAUUCAGAGCAGCAAUUAAGUCAAAAUUGUAUAAAGAAUAUAUACAUUUUGCGUGAAAAACCUUUUUUUCCUAUAAUACCCAGAACUUCUCAAGUUGCACAUUUUUAGCUUCUGUAAAAAAACUUUUGUUAUCCAAUUACUAAUUUGUUAAUCUAACAGAUCCGAACCUUUCACAUGUUCAUGUUGGCAUUUUUAGCUGCAGAUGCAUCAUUUGUUACAAAUAAUCAAGCGUUCACUAGUGGAUUGCCAUGUUGUUGCAUUUUAAGCAAUAAAAUGUUUAUUUAACAAAGGAAUUGAAUAAUUUAUUUGCAUUUUUUAUGCAUUUCGAAUUUUGUAUGGAAUCAGCCUAAAUAGUUAAAUGAAAAAUGAGUAAAAUGUGACAUAUGAAAUUUGAUUAACUGAUUAAUUGUAAGGAUAAUUAAUUAGUAAAAUAAGUUGCAUCAAAAAUAUUCAGAGUGAGGUUAUGUUGCCGCAAUAUAACAUUGAUAUAAAAUUAAUUUGACCCGAUUGAAGAACUGUGCCGACAGAUACGGUUCUUGUUUGUUUUUGCCAGUCAGAACCAGCCGGCUUCCCUUAGAUCUGAACCACUAAUCAAGGCGUCGUUCCUGGAGCAGGAAGUGAAAAUGAUUUCUGCAGAGUUGACCUCAUUAACACGGACAGGAUGGACGUAAAGGUUUCUACAUCCACUGCAUGAGACUGUGGGUGAAGUCAUGGGAACCUGAGAGAUUAAAUCUGCUUUGCAUUUGGUCCCAAAACAACAACAGUUUCUCUCUUUACAGCAACAAUGUGGCUCUGAAAAAGAAUUAAAGCAGGGAUAUAAAUAAAAAAAAAUUUUUUUACUCGAUCUGCUUAUUUAUCCUGUUGUUUUUAAAAUAUUUAAAACUCCAAUAAGUUUGUGAAGAUCCAAGGAAAAGAAGCGUAACCUGUCCUUUAGCGGCCUCUGGGGGCUGAAGUUUGUAUUACACCCAUUUUAUUUAAUCUUUUCAUUAUAAACAUAAUGAUGUAUAAAGUGAGACGUUGUGAUGCCAUUUUAAUGUGUUUGUUUUUAUUUUUGUUUGUUUGUUGUUGUUUUUAUUAGAUGUUGUGUUUAUCAAUAAAGUUAUAUAAUCCAUAAAG